AACAUCAUACCAUUUUAUGGAAUAACAAAGUCGCCCGAAGGAGAUGAAUAUGCCAUGAUAAUAAGACAUGCAAAACAUGGAGAUUUACGAAAUUAUAUACGUAAAUUUUUUCCAAAACUAACUUGGACUAAUAAAGUAAAAAUUCUUAUUGAACUGUCAAAAGCUUUAAAUUCUCUACAUCAAAUGAAUAUACUUCAUAAGGAUUUUCAUUGUAAAAAUAUUUUAGUAGAUGAAGAUGAUAGAAUUUUUUUAAGUGAUUUUGGGCUUUGUCAACCAAUUGAUUCGGAAAAGGUUAUUAUCUUCUCUACUAAAGUUUCAAAUAGCAUUCAGGGAGUUUUACCUUAUAUUGCUCCUGAAGUUCUAAGAAAUAAGCCGUAUACAAAACAAUCGGAAGUAUAUAGUAUUAGUAUGAUUAUGUGGGAAUUAACAUCAAAUAAACCUCCAUUUUCAAAUAAACACCAUGACGUAGGACUCGCACUUUCAGUUCUUGAUGGAUUGAGACCUAAUAUUGUUGAAGGGACACCAGAUUUUUAUACUAAUAUUAUGAAACAAUGUUGGGAUUCUGAUCCAUUAAAAAGGCCUGAUGCAUCUCUUUUACCAAAAAUAUUUGAAGAAAUGAUAGAACUAUGCAAAAUGACUGAUGAUAAUACAGUAUCAACAAUAGUUGCUUUUAAUUCAUUAUCAUCAUAUAUUGAUUCAGGUAUACAAAUCAAUAUACAUAUUAAUUUAAUCAAAUAUUUAUACUAA